GAGGAAAGAGCCAGGAAUGUUCGAUGGGCAUUUGUUGAUGGGGAUGAUGCCAUUGAUUGCCUCAAAGGGCUAGACCCAAGCCACGCAGAUUGGCAUGCAAAAGUUACUCUUUAUGAAGUGAGUUGGUAGAUUUCAGGCCCACAUGAACUUCAUACACAUACAAACACUGCAAGUGAUUGAAGGUUAAGUCAACACUUUUUAAUUAUUGCUAUUUUUGGGUAGGUGGACAAGAAAACUUUUUUCAGUGACGAUUCUUCGGGUGAAGUUGGGAGCAUGUGUGCUUCAAUGAACAGGACAGGAAAAACGAACGCCAAGAAGGGACCUAAAGUGGACUUUAAUGCCUACAAGGACUUCCACGACCGAGAAACUGAAGCCCACAUUAUUGCCUCGUUUAUGGAAUUUGCUGGAAUGAAAUCUGUACAAGGUGAUGAUACAUGUAUUUUGAGCAGUAAUUGAGCAGUAAUUAUUAUUUGUCCUCAACCAUUUGUGUUGAACGGGUUUGGAAUAUUAAGAAAACUUAAACUGUGUGCUCAAAUUUUGUCUUUUUAAACUUGUACCUUGGAUUAGAUAAAAAUAAUUAUGAAAAACAUUAAUACUUAUUCUGAAUUCAGGAAAGCUAUAGCUUAAAGGUGUUCUUGGAAAAAUAUUAUAAAAAAAUAUGUGCAAAUUACAAAUUUAAAAUUUGAUUGCAGAUAAGCCGACAAAGUGUACAGUUCCACAAUCCUGGCAGUCCAAAGAAGACAAAAAGGCAUGGCUUUUUAACCGGAUCGAAAAGUACCUGGAGCAGUUUGUGUUUGAUGCAAGCACUCUCCCUGACAUUACAGAACAAGUUCAACGUCUGGAGAAGAAUGAGAAGGAUGGAUACCGAUGCCGAGCAGCAGGGUGUGAGCGCACUUACGUCUUCCACUCAGGUAGAGUCAGGUACGUUAAUGCAUAACAUGAUUUGACAUUAAUCCACUGUUUUAUGCAACAGCUAGUCACUAAACGUCACAGUGUUUAGCUUUCCCUCAUGUUACAUUAAUCACAACACUCUUCUUUUCAUUGUGUAGGAGUGAGACGUAGGACCAUUUGACUUUUUCAUUUGACGGUAAUCACUCAAACAAAACAUAAUUAUUAUUGUGUUUCAUCAAAAUAAGAUAACUGAGUAAUUUUUCAAUAGGCAUGAGAUUGAGGCCCAUCCUGAACUUGCUAUUCAAGACAAUGAUCCUUCAGCACCACUAGACUCAGAAGGUUAUUACAGAUGCAGAGGAAACUGUGGUCUGGUGUACAAAACUAAAGCCACAAGAAACAGGUAAGUAAUCAUUACUUAGUGUGAUAUAAGGUCUGCACAAGACGAAACAAAGGCUCCUGUAAUGUUUAAAUGUUGCCAUUUCUGGAACUAUAAUUUUACUAAAAAUGUAAGCUUCUCUUAAGUGACAAAAUGCAACACCUCAGUUGUUUUUAGUACAUAAAUGAAAUGAUAAGUUCACCUGCUAACACUCAUAAUUUCACCAAUUAGCAAUUAUUGUUUGGUUGUUGACAUAAAAAGCAUUACCAUCCCUACUUUCAUAUGUAGUGAGGAUAUAAUUAUACUGCACGGUCCAAUAUGUUUGUUUAGCAUGGGGAUAAGUUCACCCACUAACAAUAAUGUUACGAAUUACUUUUUUCUGGGGUAGACAUGAGAAGCAAUCCCAUCCUGACUUGCAAGCUACAUGCACUAGCAGCCCUGAGGCUGGCCAUGUUAUAAAUUCUGCAGAAGAGAAAAAGGAAGACCAUGUCUUCAACUAUCACAAAGCCAAGCUGACAUAUGGACUCUUGUUUUCCGAUUUUGGAGAUGCCAUUAGAGAGGGGGAUGGACGAAGACUGCUGUCACUAUACAAAUUGGCCUUGUUGAUUUUUUCUUGUUAUGGUCAUACAAAGUAUGCAUAUGUGACUCUGCUUUUGUUUAACUCUGUG